GCCCCGCCUAGGAGGUCGAGACGGGCCGGCGAUGUGGACCAGGCGCCAGCUCGGGAGCUUUGGAGUUCUCGGGGGAGGGAGGUCGUCAAACGGAGGCCGAGGGAAAUGAGGCGGAGGCCGCCGAGAAGCGAGGAGCCCCGCCCCUCCGCCAUAGCGGCUUCCCGGUGCCGCCUCUUCCUUUACAGCCUCCCGCCCUGCCCUGCCUUCCGGCCUGACGCCUGGGCCCCGCCGGCCCCCUUGGGAGUAGCCCCUGAGCCAUGGCCCCCUUUGGGAGAAGAGGUGCCCACUGUCCGUUUGGGACUGUGGCCGAAAGGAAAGGGUUAGAAUGGGCUUCGGACUCGGCUGGGCUGGCAGAAUGCGGCUUCUGGCUCGCGACAGCCAGCGAGGCCUCUGGCUCCGAGGACCCUGAGUCACGGAAAUUUACUCACUCCACAGGGGAUGCUCCAAGGGAGCAUCCAAGGGUCCAGGGCUCCGAUUCAGGCGUCCCCAGAGUCUCAGAUAGGGCCCUCCCUGCCCUAAGCAUACCCAGUAAGAGCAUGCGCCGUCUUCGGACAAGUAUUGGGCUAGGACUUGGAAGACCUGGGUUGUUGCCCUGGCCUGAAAGAGCACAUCGCCUUUGGCCCGGGUGAGGGCUGGUCGGAAGACCAUGAAGUUCCAGAAGGAAAAAAAAAUGACAUUCUCUUUAAAUAUAGCCUAGGCUCUGUCACUUGACCCCAAUGAGCCUCAGUUUCCACAUCCAUAAACUGGCGAUGGUAAUUAUACUGGCCUCACAGGGUCUAAUGAGAUCUCUGAUGUAAAAGCCAUGGAGAUUUUUAUUACCACCCUGGGUAUAUUUAACUCACGGGAAAAUAGAGUAAAACUAGUUGCCCUGUAAAUGUCCUGCUAAUUCAAGAAUCUGUGAUUUCGCAAAGGGGCUGUUGGGAAGUGCGGUCUGCAACUAGCUAAGAAGGACAACUCACUGGUUUUGUUUUUUUACUUGAUUUACCUGUAAGCUAAGAAUAGGUUACAAGUCUCCUGUGGUCGCUGGGGCUAGAGCUUGCUUGACUCUGGAGAGAGGAAAGGAAGAAUGGAAGCCUGGUGAAGAGGCAGAGAAGCCCGAGGGAGCUUAGUCCUGGCAGCAACACCCCUGAAUUCCUGCUGGUGAGAGGAUGUGGCCCCUGGAUCCGUCCAGGAAAGAGGUGCUGAGGUUUGCCAUCAGCUGCCGUGUCCUGACUUUGGUGCUGCAGGCUUUCUUCAAUGCCGUCAUCCCAGAUCACCGUGCAGAAGCCUUCUCUCCUCCUCGCCUCGCCCCCUCGGGCUCUGUGGACCAACUUGUGGAAGGUCUUUUGGGUGGCCUGUCUCACUGGGAUGCUGAACACUUCCUGUUCAUUGCCGAGCACGGCUAUCUGUAUGAGCACAACUUCGCCUUCUUCCCUGGCUUCCCCCUGGCUCUCCUGCUGGGAGCGGAACUCCUGAGACCCCUGCGGGCAUUACUGAACCUACGGAGUUGCCUGUUGAUCUCAGUAGCAUUGCUCAAUUCCUUGUUCUCCGUGCUGGCUGCAGUCGCACUUCACGACCUGGGCUGUCUGGUUUUGCACUGUCCCCGCCAGGCCUUUUACGGAGCCCUGCUCUUCUGCCUCAGCCCGGCCAAUGUCUUCCUGGCAGCUGGUUACUCAGAAGCUUUGUUUGCCCUUCUGACAUUCAGCGCCAUGGGGCAGCUGGAAAGGGGCCGAAGCUGGACUAGUGGACUCCUCUUUGCCCUUGCCACAGGUGUACGCUCCAAUGGGCUGGUCAACAUUGGCUUCCUCGUGUAUUCUCAGUGCCAAGGCUUUCUGUCUUCUCUCCUGGUGCUGAAUCCUCUGAGACAACUCUUGAAGCUGAUGGGCUCUGUGUUCUUCUCUGUGCUCAUGCUUAGCCUUCCCUUUGCCCUCUUUCAGUAUUAUGCCUAUACCCAGUUCUGUCUGUCAGGCUCAGCCCACCCCAUCCCUAAGCCCUUGCUGCAGUUAGCUGUAGACAAGGGCUACCGGAUCGUGGAGGGAAAUGAGCCACCUUGGUGCUCCUGGGAACUUCCCCUAAUAUACAGCUAUAUCCAAGACGUCUACUGGAAUGUUGGCUUUUUGAGAUAUUAUGAGCUCAAGCAGGUGCCCAAUUUCCUACUGGCUGCACCAGUGGCCCUACUGGUUGCCUGGGCAACGUGGACAUAUGUGACCACCCACCCUUGGCUCUGCCUUACUCUUGGGAUGCAAAGGAGCAAGAAGAGUAAGACCCUAGAAAAAUCUGAUUCUGGAUUCCUCAGCCCUCGGGUGUUUGUGUACGUGGUCCACGCUGCAGCACUGCUGCUGUUCGGCAGUCUGUGCAUGCAUGUUCAGGUUCUCACCAGGUUUCUAGGUUCCUCCACUCCUAUUGUGUACUGGUUUCCAGCUUGCUUACUUCAGGAUCAAGAGCCACUGCUGAAAUCCCUAGAGACUGGGUCUUGGAAGCCGCUUGCAGGGGACUCCCCACCAGGACAAAAGGUCCCCAGGAAUUCAAUCAUGGGACUUUUGUACAACUGGAAAACCUGUUCUCUAGUCACACGUUGCAUUCUGAGCUACUUCCUGUCUUACUGGCUCCUGGGACUACUCCUGCAUUGCAACUUCCUGCCUUGGACAUGACCGGGAGUCUCCGGGGUCUGGAAGUACAGAUACAUACUGGGACUGUCUCCGCUGCCCUGGGACCCUUGCUCCGUCCAUUAGAACGCCUCUGUCUCUCUCUCUCAACGCUGGUCAGGACUGGGAGAAGUAUAAGCCACUGGAGAGCCCCUGCUGGUCCUGGCUGUGGCAAAUUUUGAGUAGUAGCUGCUUUCUCUGUAAGUGAAGAAAUCAUACUCCAGGUCUAAAGUUACACUUGGAUCUGUUCCCUCCACCAAGCAAAGCAAAGAUAGUUACAGACUUACCACUGACCCACAUGUAAAUUUAAACGUAAAUUAUUUACAUGUCAGUUUCAGCAAAGGCUCUAGCCGAUAGGCUGGUAGUAGUCCACACGUGAUGGCGGAAGUCUGAACAGGAUAAUGGCAGUAAGAAGCAAAGUGGGACCACCUUUUCAAAAUGGGACAUUGUUUCUGAUUAUUUUUUUCAUGAUUUCUUCAUUUAUUUAUAUGAAAAAAACUUGUAAAGAUAAGCAAAUUAAACUACUUUUGGUUAUGCAUGCAA